AUGUUAAGCGUGGACGCCAGAAACCAGACGGUGGAGUCAGGCCGGCACUGGAGUGAGGAAGGGACCCUGGGCAACAGAGCCUACUUCCAGUCGAGUGGACAGCCAGCUCGACUCACCAUUGAGAGUGUCAGGGACGGCGAUGCUGGAAUCUACCGUUGCAGAGUCGACUUCCGCAAGUCCCCUACCAGAAACACCCGGGUCAACCUCACCGUCAUCAGUAAGUACCUAGUUUCUUAA